GGGAGACCGGGAGGCUUCGCCUCUGCAACGAGGGUCUCCCGUGGGUGCGAGGGUCUGGCCGGGAUGUGGACGAGCGGGUGCUUCCUGGCAGUCUGGGCCCUCCUGGGGGCGGCCACAGCUCAGCGUGGGCCUGGCGGUAGGAACCGAGGCAGCGACCGGGGCAGCCGCCAGCCCCUGGGCUACAGGUCCUGGAACAGCCAGCUCUACCCCUGGGGGCCAAGGGGGGACGCCCGGCAGCGGGACUGCUGGAGAGGCGGUGACGUGACCUUUGAGGUCACCAACGAUGCCCCCACCAUGACGGGCGCCAAGGCCACAUUUGCCAUCGCCCUGCGCUUCCCCAGCAACCAGACGGUGCUACCCGAUGGCCGUGUCGUGUGGAGCCGCAACUGCACUGUCAAUGGGACCUGGGUGCGCCAGGGUGAUGCCGUAUUCCCGGAGAUGCUGCCUGAGGGCACGGCUGGCACCUUCCCCGACGGGCAGCCCUUUCCCCGCAGCGCCUGGGGUGGCCGCAGCAAGUUCGUCUAUGUCUGGUGGACCUGGGGGCGGUACUGGCAGGUGGUGGAUGGCCCCUCAUCACAGCUGACAGUGGACACGGCCGGUGUCCCGCUGGGUUCCUACUCCAUGGCUGUGGAAGUCUAUCACUACCGCGGGCCCCGCAAGUUUGUGCCCCUGGGCAACACCGCCUCCCAGUUCAGCAUCACCGACCAGGUGCCGUUCUCAGUGGACGUGGCACAGGUGGAGACGGCAGCCGUGGCGGGUGCAGAGCCGGGAGUGGCUGAGCGCUUCGUGAGGAACCGGGCUGUGUCCUUCACGGUCCGGCUGCACGACCCCAGUGGGUACCUGACGGGAGCCGAUGUCGCCUGCUCCUGGGACUUCGGAGAUGGCAGCGGUACCCUCAUCUCCCGUGCUGCCCAGGUCACCCAUACCUACCUGGCCACCGGCUCCUUCACUCCCCGUGUCGUGCUGCAGGCCGCCAUCCCCCUGGCCUGCGGGGGCACCUCCCCAGCCACAGCCACAGCCACGGGCCCCCCGGUGCAGCCCACCGGUGCCACAGCAGCAGCCACAAUAGCAACCGGUGGGAGCCCCGGGCAGGCCACAGUACAGCCACCAAGCAGCGCACCCACGGCUGAGGCCACAGGGUCCCCAGCAUCUGGGGCCACAGGGUCCCCGGCCACGGCAUCCCCAGCAUCUGGCGACCCGGCCACGGCGGCCCCAGCAUCUGGCGACCCGGCCACGGCGGCCCCAGCAUCUGACGACCCGGCCACGGUGUCCCCAGCAUCUGGCGACCCAGCCACAGUGGCCCCAGCAUCCGAGGAGCUGGACACGGAGCCACUGGCCACGGCAGGGCUGGCUGACCCUGAUGCCGGAACCACGCUCCCUGCAGCCGCCACAGCUUCAGGGCUACCCAGCAUGGCUGCCGCCCCCGGGUCGGACCUGGCCGUGGCAUCCGUGGACCCCCUGCUCCCAGCUUCCACCUCCCCUGCUGCAGACCUGCCUCCCACCACAGGCUCCGCUGGGCCCAGCCUCCCUGCCAGCGUGGCCAGCACCAGCUCCGGGACAGCAGAGGUGACCGCCAGCACCGCAGUCCCCAGUGCCGCUCCUGCCCUGGUGCUAGCCAAGAGGCAGGCACCGCCCAAUGGCUGCGUCCUCUACCGCUACGGCACCUUCUCCACCCAGCUCGACAUUGUCCAGGGCAUUGAGAGCGUGGAGAUUGUCCAGGUGGUGCCGGCGGCUGGCGAGAGUGCAGUGGAGCUCACUGUGACAUGCCAGGGCAGCCUGCCCGAUGAGGUGUGUACAGUGGUGAUGGACGCGGCAUGCCUGGCGCCACAGCAGACCGUGUGCAGCCCGGUGCCACCUGCCCCCGCCUGCCAGCUGGUGCUGCACCAGGCCUUCAACCAGUCCGGCCAGUACUGUCUCAACGUCUCGCUCGCCAACCCCAGCGGCCUGGCCAUGGCCAGCACCCACGUCACCGUCGGAGGUGCAGACGCUGCCGGGACCCGGGUCACACUGCUCGUGGGGCUGGUGCUGGUGGCCGUGGCCCUGGGCGUUGUGGGCCUCGCCUACAGGCGCAACGUGUGGUUCGGCCCUGGCGCCCGGCCGCGCCUGCCUGACCGUGCUGCCCUGCGCCUGCUGCUGCGCCGGGCCCUGGGCACUGGCCCCCAGAGUGAGAGCAGUCCUCUGCUCAGCGGCAAUGUUGUCUAGAGCCAGCGGCAGCCCUGGGACCUGCCGCCAGGUGGGGGGGGACGGGACCCCCCCAGGAUGCCUGGCACCAGCUCUCCCAUUGCCACUCUUCCUCUGUGUCCCCCCCAACACCCCCUUGGUCCCAGCUAUUAAAUGCUCAGACUCCA